AAAUACACGUGUUAAUGCGGUUUGAAAACGAUGAAAAGAUAUAUGUUAGAUUUAAGUAACUUGUUUUCGGACCAUCGACAGAAAGUGUGCAUUGCACACAGGGACAAAUGGAGCACGAUUCGUUCUUUAAUUCACACAUUGAGACAGCUUUUUGCGAUCGAGUCCGAGCUCGUCGUUUUAUCCGGUGACGGUGUGUACUAUCCGGAGACGGAAAAUAUUGCCAUUCUACGGGAUAACGAGACACUGAAAGUUGUGUUGCUAAACACAAACGAGUCGCGCACACGAUCUCCUGGUACAAAACGGCAUGUAGCGGCCAUCGACACAACCGCAGACCACAGCCAGAUCGAGGAAAUCGAAUCAAUUUUAUCCAGUUUGCCUACUCCAAAGCGACGGCGUGUUCGGAAACGUAAAGCCAAACAGGCUGGCAUCGAUGAGGAUCAGGCACGCCCUUCGAAGGCUGCGUUGCCCAAAGAAAAGCCCCCACAAGCCUAUGAGAAUCUUGCAAACGGUAGCCAGGAACGAAUAGUGCCUGUGGAUGACAAAGUUCUAAAGCAUACGCUCAAAGUGAAGCAGAAGCAAAACGAAAGCGAACUACCGUACAGAAAUUUGAACCGCGUAAUGAAGGCUAGAGUUGUGCGGGCUCUUUCUCCAGCGGCACUCUCCCCUCUGCACAACGGAAACCAUAGAACUGAUGAAGACCGUACAAGCGCAGUAGACACAAAUAACGAUGAAAUAUUGCCCAAAGAAGUAUCUUCAACGCAGGCCUGCCCCAGCAGCAUAAAACCAAGAGUGGUGCGUGCAAUUUCUGACGAAAACACGAUUGAAGUAAAGCAAGAACAAAUCGAAAAAUGUUCCAACGAUACGAGCUCUGGUGGUGCGGUUUACAAUACCGUAUCCGAAGCAAACAAUUCAUCCACAACCCCAACUCUGUUGAAUGAAUCCGUCGGCAGUGCUGCAGACGAAACCAGCGCUGACAACGGGGAGAUAACGAUCGUCUCUUCGGAAAUCUCCCUCUGAGUCUGUCGGUGAGUGUUUUCAAUAUUAAUGCUUUAUUCAUGUUCUACGUUUCAACUGCCAUAAGCCGCACAUAUGGAGCAAAUAAAUACAUAUGCUAAUUGUUUGGGGUUUAAUAUUUGAAACCACUACUAGUAUAAACAAUUCGCAAUUGAAUCGGGUUUAGAUUCCGUU